AAUGAUUUCCAUCUCAGCUACUCCACUCUCCAUCCAUUGACCACUAACCAUUCAUCAUCUCUCACCUCAAAAUCUUCAUUCAUAAUCCAUUCAUUCAUUUUUUCAAAACUCUCUCUCUCUCUCUCUCUCUCUCUCUCUCUCUCUCUCUCUCUCUCAUUGAUUAGUUUCUACUCCUACUCUUCUACCUAAACCCCAUACUUCACUGUCUUGUUCCUAAUAUCCAUUCCUACCAUGUUUCUUCUCCACCACAACAACAAACUCACAUUCCUCUCCAAUUUCCACACCCUUUUCUCUCACUCCUAAAUCAUCAUCUAACUCUCAACUCUAAACAAAAAAAAAAAAAACAAGUAUGUCAAGCAAAUGGAGAAAAGUGAAACUAGCUCUUGGCUUAAAUUCUUGUGUUCACAUUCCUACACCUUUAGAUGAUUCAUCUUCAUCACUCAAUAACGCCGCCGCAAGAUUCUCCGGUUCUAUCUCAUCCUCCGGUGACACCUCCGGCUAUAGUCAAAGUACUCGAUCACCUUCUUCCUCUGGUCUCCGGUCACUCAAAUCCCCCAAGGGUACUUGUGCAAUAUGCUUGAACACAAUGAAACCAGGGAAUGGCCAUGCCAUUUUUACUGCAGAAUGCUCUCACUCUUUCCAUUUCCACUGCAUCACUUCUAAUGUAAAACACGGGAACCAAAUUUGCCCCGUUUGUCGAUCAAAAUGGAAAGAAGUUCCUUUUCAAAGCCCUGCUUUGACUCCUCGAAGCAGUCAAUUAACAAGAGAAGAUGGCUGGCCAACUCCCAUAAGAAGGCUUCCUUCUUCUACUCAACUUAAUGCAAGUGGACAGAUUUCGUCGCUUUAUCAUGUUUCUGAACCGGCUAUUUUUGACGAUGAUGAACCUAUUGAUCAACAUGCUUCAAUUCAUCACAACAACGAUAGUAACGAGACGAAUCAUGAUAUAAUAAAUAAAGUUGAGAUCAGAACAUAUCCUGAGGUUUCAUCUGUUCAGAAAUCAGCCUCUCGUGAUGCCUUUGCUGUGUUGAUUCAUCUCAAAGCUCCUCAGUCACAGAGAAAACAAAAUAUAUCGGGAAACGAUACUGACUCAUCACCACCUCCGGUUGAAAACUCCCGCGCUUCAGUUGACCUUGUUACAGUUCUUGAUGUAAGCGGUAGCAUGUUAGGUACUAAACUUGCAUUGCUAAAACGAGCUAUGGGUUUCGUCAUUCAGAAUAUGGGUCCCUCAGACCGUCUGUCCGUCAUUGCCUUCUCGUCUACAGCUCGCCGCAUCUUUCCUCUUCGGAGGAUGACUGAAAUUGGACGGCAAGAGGCAUUACAAGCCGUUAAUUCUUUGGUUUCAAAUGGUGGAACAAACAUUGCUGAAGGCUUGAGGAAAGGUGCCAAAGUGUUUUCCGAUCGUCGGUGUAAGAAUCCAGUUUGCAGCAUCAUAUUACUCUCUGACGGACAAGAUACAUACACAGUCAAUACCAGACCGAAUGUCGGAACAGGUUACCAGUCACUUGUCCCAAACACCAUUCACCGUAAUAAUGGUGGUAUAGGCUCGCAGAUACCGGUGCAUGCAUUUGGCUUUGGCGCUGACCACGAUGCUACUUCAAUGCAUUCAAUCUCUGAGAUAUCAGGAGGUACAUUUUCUUUUAUUGAAGCCGAGGACGUAAUUCAGGAUGCAUUUGCGCAGUGUAUUGGUGGACUCUUGAGUGUAGUAGUUCAGGAACUACAAUUAGAAAUCGCGUGUGUUCAUCCUCGGCUCGAACUUAGUUCGGUAAAAGCAGGAAGCUAUCGAACGACCUUGACGGCCAAUGGAAGAACGGCUUAUAUUAAUGUUGGGGAUUUGUAUGCUGAAGAAGAGAGGGACUUUUUGGUGACAGUCAAUAUUCCAGUUGACGGUUCCAAUGAUGAAAUGUCAUUGUUGAAUGUUAAAGGCCUUUACAGAGAUCAUAUAUCAAAGGAAAUGGUAGCUUUGGAAGAAACUAGUGACGUAAAAAUCGAGAGACCUAACAUAGGUAGAGAACUAGUUGUGUCAAUCGAAGUAGACAGACAGCGGAACAGGCUGCGAGCAGCAGAGGCAAUUGCCGAGGCAAGAGCUGCAGCCGAACGCGGGGAAUUGUCUGCUGCAGUUUCCGUCUUAGAUAGCUGUCAUAAGAUAUUGUCUGAAUCUGUUUCUGCUAAAGCCGGUGAUCGGUUAUGCAUUGCACUUUCUGCUGAACUGAAGGAAAUGCAGGAAAGAAUGGCAAACCAACAUGUCUACGAGCAGUCUGGAAGAGCUUAUGUUCUGUCAGGAUUGAGCUCACAUUCAGCGCAAAGAGCAACGACACGUGGCGAUUCUACCGACAGCACUAGUCUUUUGCAAUCAUAUCAAACUCCUUCAAUGGUUGAUAUGGUGACACGUUCGCAGACCACAGUCGUGGGUGCUCCACUAAGGCGUAGCCUUCAACCUGCUAAAUCAUUUCCUGAGAGGCACAGAAGAUAAUAGCAAUGUAUUUUGAAAAUUCUACUUAGCCUAUACAUAAACUUGUGGGAAGACUUUUUAAGAUUAUUGUUACUUAAUUUUGGUUAAGGUGGGGGUAUAAUUAAAAGGAAAGAUUUUGGGGGGAUAUAUAAAAUUCCUGAUUUUUGCAGGUAUAAAACUGUAAAUGCAUAGGUGGGAUAAUCGGCUUAUGCAGAGAAUGGCGAAAAGGGACAAGGUUAAUUUUUUAGUGUGAUUGAGUGAUGUACAUAAUUUACUGAUUUCAGUUGAAUUGAGCUGGUGAAUUUAUGCACUUGAUUAUAUGCAUAUUGAUAUGAUAUAAUUAAUUUUCAUAUUUGUGGUGA